AUGCACUGGGCAUUUAUCAACCACAUUACCGACAACGUCAGCCAAAAGAAGCCGAUUGCUGAUACUGUCAAUUUUCCGUAUGUUGAUGCCAAUUUCAAUAUGGGACCAAUGUACUGGUGCACCUCUACUUCAAAUUAUGUCAUUUUUCGGCUUACAGAGUGUCGGCAAGGGAAGCUGCACAGUGGAAGUACUUCACUGGAGCUUGGAAGUAACAGCCCUCCACAGAGGAACUGGAAGGGAAUCGCAAUUGCACUGCUGGUGAUUCUAGUUGUCUGUUCGCUCAUCACUAUGUCUGUCAUUCUUUUAACCCCAGAUGAACUUACAAAUUCAUCAGAAACCAGAUUGUCUCUAGAAGAUCUUUUCAGAAAAGAGUUCAUAAUUCAUAAUCCAGAAGCCAAAUGGAUUAACGAUUCAGAAGUGGUGUAUAAAAAUAGGAAUGGACAUGUUGUUAAACUGAAUGUAGAAACAAAUACAACCACAUUAUUAUUGGAAAAUUCAACUUUUGUAACAUUCAAAGCAUCAAGAUACUCAGUUUCACCAGACUUAAAAUAUGUUCUUCUCGCAUAUGACAUCAAGCAGGUUUUUCAUUAUUCGUAUACAGCUUCAUAUGUGAUUUAUAACAUACAUACAAGGGAAGUUUGGGAGUUAAACCCUCCAGAAGUCGAGGAUUCAGUUUUGCAGUACGCAGCAUGGGGAGUACAAGGACAACAACUGAUUUAUAUUUUUGAAAAUAACAUCUACUAUCAACCUGAUGUAAAGAGUAGCUCAUUGCGACUGACAUCCUCAGGAAAAGAAGGAAUUAUUUUUAAUGGAAUUGCAGACUGGUUAUAUGAAGAGGAACUACUUCACUCUCACAUUGCCCACUGGUGGUCGCCAGAUGGAGAACGGUUGGCAUUCUUGAUGAUAAAUGACUCCUUUGUACCAAAUAUGGUUAUUCCUCGCUUUACUGGAGGACUGUAUCCCAAAGGAAAGCAAUAUCCAUAUCCUAAGGCAGGUCAAACAAACCCAACAGUAAAGCUGUUUGUAGUCAAUCUUUAUGGACCAACCCAUACACUUGAACUCAUGCCACCUGACAGCUUCAAAUCAAGAGAGUACUACAUCACUAUGGUGAAGUGGGUGAGCAAUACCAAGACUGUGGUGAGAUGGUUAAACAGACCUCAGAACAUUUCCAUCCUUACGGUUUGUGAGACCACGACUGGUGCUUGUAGCAGAAAAUACGAGAUGCAGUCAGACGUGUGGCUUUCUAAACAGAAUGAGGAGCCAGUUUUCUCCAAAGAUGGAAACAAGUUCUUUAUGACUGUCCCAGUGAAACAGGGUGGCCGGGGCGAAUUCCACCAUAUAGCCAUGUUUAUUGUUCAGGCUAAAAGUGAACAAAUCAGUGUGAGACACCUGACAUCAGGAAACUGGGAAGUUAUCAGAAUCCUGGCAUAUGAUGAAAAUACUCAAAAGAUUUAUUUUUUAAGCACUGAAGAUUCCCCAAGAGGAAGACAACUACACAGUGUCUCAACAGUUGGAUUAUUGAAUCGCCAGUGCCUCUCAUGCAACUUUAUGAAAGAUCAGUGCACCUACUUCAAUGCAAAGUUCAGCCCUCUGAACAGGCAUUUUUUACUACAUUGUAAAGGACCUGGUGUUCCGGUUGUGAGUGUGCACAGUACGAAUAACCCUGAAAAUUUUCACAUAUUGGAAAGUAACGUUGUGUUGAAAGAAGCUACUUUGAAAAAAAAACAUUUCCGGAGAGAAAUCAAAAUGCUUCACAUUGAGGACUACGAACUUCCUUUACAGUUGUCACUUCCAAAGGAUUUCACAGAUCGAAACCAGUAUGCUCUUCUGUUACUAAUUGAUGAAGCUCCAGGCAGCCAGUUGGUUACAGAUAAGUUUCACAUUGACUGGGAUUCAGUGCUUGUCAACUCCGAUAAUGUCAUCAUAGCACGAUUUGAUGGCAGAGGGAGUGGAUUUCAAGGCCUCAAAAUUCUACAGGAAGUUCACCGUUGCUUAGGAUCAGUGGAAGUGAAGGACCAAAUAGCAGCCAUAGAAUCAUUAUUGAAACAGCCAUUCAUUGAUCCUAAAAGACUGAGCAUAUUUGGAAAGGGGUAUGGUGGAUACAUUGCAUCUAUGAUACUGAAAGCCAAUGAAAGGCUUUUUAAAUGUGGAGCUGUGAUUGCACCCAUUACAGACAUGAAGCUGUAUGCAUCAGCUUUUUCAGAAAGAUAUCUUGGCAUUCCAUCUAAAGAGGAAAAUACAUAUCAAGCAUCCAGUGUACUGCACAAUAUUCACAGUUUAAAAGAAGCAAAUUUGUUGAUAGUUCAUGGGACAGCUGAUACUAAAGUCCAUUUCCAGCAUUCAGCAGAACUAAUUAAACAUCUAAUAAAAGCUGGAGUUAAUUACACUAUGCAGAUCUACCCAGAUGAAGGUCAUAACAUCGCAUCUGAGAAAAGUAAAUAUCACCUUUACAGCACAAUCCUUGGGUUUUUUAGUGCUUGUUUAAAGGAGGAGGCCCCAAUUUUACCACAGGAACCUGAAGAGGAUGAGUAAAGAAGCCUACUUGUACAGUACUGAAGGAGACUUACUUUGAGGCUUAAUAAAACCUUAAAUAAAAGUGACUGUAAGAUUACAGAUUCUGCAGAAGCUCAAGGGCAGCUAAAGGAUAUGACAGUGGAACAGCACAUUUACAGACAAUGAGCUAACAAACUGGAAUUCAAAUGCGAAGUCCAGACAUAUUACCAAGGGACAUAAACCUAUACCUUUGUGGAAGGUCAACAGUUGGUUACAGUUUCCGGAAAGAACUUAGUUUUGCAUAAGUGUAGGGUUAGUGCAUGUUUAUUAUGUUAAGCCUCACUGUUUGUUCCGUAAGUAGUUGCUCUGUUUUUAAUUUCAAUGCACAUCUUUAUCCAUCUCUGAAUAAUGCACAACCUAUCGUAAGUAUUAGGGCCACUAAUAUUUUAAAACGUGAGCUGCAAGCUAACACUACUGUAACGUUACAAUAAGUGCAAUUCCUUGCUGUCUACUACUUAUAAGGAAACGUUGAGUUAAUAAAGGGCACGGUAUUUUCUCUACUUUCUGUUUAAAGGGAAAAUAUUGUCCAGUGGAUCAUAUAACACAAAUAUAGAAAAGGAUUUGAUUUUUU